AUGGCCACACGCCGGGUAAGAUUCAAUAUAAGUGAGCUAGCAAAGCGUGCGGCUGAAUCAGUCGGCUUUUCACACGAUCAAUGUGUUGAUGUUGAGAGACUUCUGCACGGAAUGUUCAAUAAAGCUUUCCUCUUCACCAUGCAGGACGGUACACAAAUUGUAGGCAAGGUGCCAAAUCCGAAUGCCGGGCGGCCACACUAUACCACAGCCAGUGAAGUGGCAACGAUGGAUUUUGUAAUAAAUAAGCUGAGCACUCCAGUGCCGAAAGUUUUGGCUUGGAGCUCAAACGCAAGUGAGAACCCAAUUGGUGCAGAAUACAUCAUCAUGGAGAAGGUUCGAGGUGUUCAGCUUGAUAAUGUUUGGCCACGGAUGGAUAUCAAGCAGAGAUUUGAGCUUGUCAAGACAAUAGCCAGAUAUCAAAAAGCCUGGAUGUCGAAGUCGUUCACCAAAUAUGGGAGUCUAUAUUAUUCCAAAGACUUGCAAAGUAGUGGCUGCAUCCUCGUGAAUGAAGACGGGUCUCAGAUCGACGUGGACUUCGAUCGGGGCCCCUGGAAUAAGCUGUACGGAUACAAAUUAGCAAUUGGGUUCCGAGAACUUGCCUGUGUACAGGAAAUGCCCCAAUUACCCCGGUCACUCCUGGGCUUAUACGGUCCCGGCACAUACCGUCGCUCACCAUCGAAGAAAAUAGCUGCUAUUCGGGACUAUCUCCGCAUGGUGCAUUUCUUCCUCCCAACGGAUGACUCAAUAUCAUCCGCAUUCUUAUGGAACCCUGAUCUCCACGUUGCGAAUAUUUUUGUUAAUCCCGAAAAUCUAUCUGAGGUUGUAGGCAUCAUUGACUGGCAGUCCAGUGAGGUUUUACCUCUUUUUGACCAUGCACGUCAACCAUAUUUUCUUGACUAUGAUGGCCCUCCAGCAACUGGUCUUAGUCCACCGGACUUCCCACACGACUUUGAUCAACUCAAUGCUGAUGAAAAGAUAAAGGCCGAAAGGCUUUAUUUGAACAUGUCUCUCGCAACUCUGUAUAGAAAGCUCACUUACGGCAAGAAUAAGAGGCUGUUCAAAGCUAUGGAGUUUCAGCAGACAUCGAGCUUUGACAUGAUGCUAUUCGCUCAGAAUCUGCUAAUCGAUGGGGAAGCUCUAUACCGGGCAAGGCUCCUUGAGCUUGAAGAAGAGUGGCCAUGUCUCCCAGGCGUACAGGUUUCCGGAAAUCCACCAUUUCCUUUGCAAUAUACUACCGGCGAGGUCAGCUCUAUUCACGAAGAUGCAGAUAAGGCAUCCCGAAGCAUGGGACUGAUGCGGGGCGUGAAAGAGUCUCUGGGUGAACUGUGGCCAGAGAAAGGAAUCGUGCCGCCUGAGCGGUAUGAUGAAGUUAGGGAGCUUCUCAGGCAUGUUAAAACAGAGUUAAUUCAACAGCUCGCAAAUUCCGAAGAAGAGAAAAUUGGCUGGGAAAAGGCAUGGCCAUUCGAUGACUGA